UUCCAUUUCGAUCAAUUUAAAAAUUUUGUCGAAAAAUCACAACAAUCGAAAAAAUUCUUAAAUUGAACAAAAAAAUAAAAAUAAUUCAAGAUUUUUUUGAAAAAAUGCCCGCUAGCCAAUCUAAAAUUACUUUUGAUGCUAUAAAUAUUGUUAAAGCUGAAAAUAUUUAUUUAAAUGAGUCGAAAAAAGUUCGAAUUGUAAAAAGAAAAAUGCCUGGCACCGAUGAAAUUAUGAAUCAAAAGAAAAAAAUUGUUUCAGAUUUUGUCUCAGGGCCACUGGAACCUAGAUCAUUUAACAAAAAUAAAAAGUCAGUUUCAAUUUCUAAGGAAACCAAGUUGAAAAAUGCAUCUUUAGCAGCUGCUAAAAAGUCUCGAAAACGUCAAAUGGAUAUUGGAAAUGCCUAUUCCAAGUUGAAUUCUCAAAGACAAAAUCAACAAACCAAGCCUUUGGAAACUUCUAAAACUGUUUUAAGUGAAGUUAGUUCAGAAAGAAGUUCAUUUUAUUUAACUCCAAGACAGAAUAGUCCAAAUUCUGAAAUCGAUUUUGAGAACAUAAAUCCAAAUAAGUUACCAGACCAUUUUUACGAAAGCGAAUUGGAUGAUUUUAUUCGCAAGCAGUAUCCAGAUUUUGAGGAGUCUUCGGAAUAUGAUUUUCAAGAGCCUUUUACUAUUGAAAACUUUGAUCUUCCCGAAGAAACAUUUCAUCCUAAAGACAGUUUACGACAUUUUAAAGAGUUACUUGAUCAGGAGGAGUCCUCGAAAAACAAGCUCUUGGAAAAGAGUGAAAUAGAACUGCUGAAAGAUAUAAUCAAGGCUGAUGAAAGGUAUCAAAAACUUAAAAGGGAUGACUAUUUGCUCUUGAAAGAAAUUCUAAUGGGACAGCUUAAAGAAAUUUCGGAACAAGAGCGUGUUAUAAAGAUUGCUCUAGAAAGAAUUCGUUCUCGAAGUUAUUCAGGAGUAAAAGUUGACGUUCUUCAAGUUGUAAAAGCUGAACAGCCUCUAGAGAAUAAUUUCGCAGAGUCUAACAUAGAAAAAGUGCCAUUACCCAGGUCCGAUUCAAUUGAAAAGAAAAUUGAUGAAAGUAAGGCCUCUCCUAGAAGACAAGAAGUUGAUGUGUUUUUCAAGAAUGUCCCAUCUUUGGAGAGAGAGAUUCGAAUUUUGAAAUUAUUAGGCCGUAAAUUGGAAGAAACUUUGAAAAAGUCUUCUAAAAAGGAAGAACCAAUAAUACUUAAACCUCCAGUCGUCUUGUUAACUACUGAAUCUAUUUGUUUUAAACAUUCAAUUUGCAAUGCUUCUUCCAGCAUUCUUCUAUUAGCUUCAAAAUCAAUUCUUGGCAUUGUUCAAGAAUUUAAAAUCAGUCAUCAAACAAUUGACGAAUUAAAAUUAGAAAGAGAUUUUUACAUUGCAUCUGAUUUGGAUAAUUUUACUCUUCAAAGAACAAAUUUCGAUAAUCUUCGAAAUAAUCCUGAAAUGCUUUUACGAAGACUUAAACCUUUUACAAAGGAUUCUCGAUUAAAAUUCAAUGUUAUCGAACAAGAUCCAUUGUUUUUUAAUCAUUUUCUAGCAAAUAUUUGUAAGAUCUCUUCGAAGUCAUACGAUGGAACUUUUAUUCCAAAAAUUCACAAUUUGAAUCAAAAAUCAAAUAUUAUUCCAACAAUGGCAAUGAAUGGUGCUGGAGAUCAUUUUGAUUUUAUAUUGAAAGAUGAAGAUAUUAUACCGAAAUUGGAAUUACCAGUUGUGGUAGAAAAACCUAGUCGAACAAUAAUUGGUAAGAAGAAAUUUAAACAACGUCGAACACCAUUGCAAGAAAAGAAAUUUGUAUCAGCCAAGAAUAGUUUUAUCAAAAUAAUUCUUUUGAGUUUGCUUCAUUUAACAAUUGGUUUAUUGGUUUUUGGAGCAGUUUUUUAUCCUGAUGUUAUUUGCAUUUGAGAUUAAAUAAAAUAUAAUUUUUUUUUUCAAGCAGUA